ACGUAUUAUUCCACAACAUUGUGUCAUUUACUAUACAACUAAAAUUCUACGUGCAGUGUAUUGAUUCAUUUCAUGAUUUAUUAGGUAGGUUAGAAGACGCAGAUAUGCAAAAUCAAUAGCAUAACUCAAAUAGUCAUGAGCAAAAUAGUUACGGUGUUCAUAAUAGUUUACAUCGUUAGCGUCGCCAUAUUUCUGGGCAAGGUCAAAGACGUUAUUACCGUCUCAAUUGCGAAUGAUGGUGUAAAAGCACUUUAUAACAAAAGCUAUUUCAACGGGAAAACUACUGAGGGAAGAAAUACGAAAAUGUUACCAAUCGGCGAAAAUUAUGCUCAUAUUCUCAUAUUUCUUCAGAUAUCCGACAUCCAUCUCAGCAUGUUUCAAGACCCAGGUAGGAUUUUGGCUUUUCGUGAAUUUUGCAACACGACUAUCGAUACAAUAAAACCUGUGGUUGUCAUCGCCUCUGGUGACCUUACCGAUGGCAAAUAUGAAGAUGGAAUGAGGACAAAGGAGUUUGAGGAAGAAUGGAUAAUUUACAAUCAAACGCUUCAUGAGAAUGGAGUGCUUAACAAAACGUUGUGGUUGGACAUGAAAGGAAAUCACGAUAACUUCAAUGUUCACAAGCACGAGUCCGGGUUGUAUGGAAAAUAUUCGGUUCAAGGGCAACGCCAAAAUGGCUCAUACUUGCACACUGUCGUCCCUUAUAGUGAGAAAAAAUGGUCAAAUCCUUCUGAAAAAUAUUCGUUCAUUGCUGUGAACGCAGGCUUAAGACCGGGACCCAAAGCACCCUGGAACUUUUACGGAAAAGUCAGUGAGCAAGAGUUUGUUCGGCUGGAAGAGUUUGAAAAAAUUGGGAGAGCAAGCAAUGGAACGAUAUGGUUUGGUCACUAUCCAACGUCUUUCAUCAUAACCAAGACCAAUCAAAAUAUCCGAAAUUUGAUGAGUCAAGCUGCUGCAUAUUUGUGUGGACAUUUACACACGGCUUAUGGGAUGGCGGAACACAUGUACACUGUCCAGCACAGUGGCUUAUUAGAAUUGGAAUUGGCUGAUUUUAAAAUAAGUCGCAGGUUUCGUGUGUGUGUCUUUGAUCAUGGAGUAUUUACAUUCACCGACGUAGAACAUAAUGUUUGGCCUAUAAUACUUGUUACCAAUCCAAAAAAUGUACUAUUUAAUAACCCUGCAGACUUGGAUGUUGCAAAGAAAUCUACUCACAUUAGGAUUUUGGUGUUUUCUCCGGCGAAAAUUCAAUCUGUCACAGUACAAAUAGACGAUGGGGAAAGGUCCGAAUGCAGGCAUAUAAAUGGACCGCUAUAUGUUUUGAAAUGGAAUCCAAGUAUAUACUUGGAAGGAAUGCACGAAAUAACGAUUUCAGCAUCGGAUGAAACAGGGAGAAAGUUUGUAACAUCGCAUUUCUUUGCGUUUGAUGACAGCUCAAUGUCAUUCAGUUUCUUGGGUCGGUUAGCAUUAAUGAUAAACGCCGUAUCCCUGCCGUAUGGUCUUUACUUUGCUGCCUCCAUUGCUACAGUGUUACCUUUAAUUGGAUUGAGAAUUCUGCAUAAAUUAGUAAAAUGCCACUACAUAUCGCUUCGAGGCAUCACGUCCGGUCUUGGAGAAUGUGGCACCGCUAUUUUGAGAGGAUUUUGGGUCACAGCUACAGUGAACAAGCUAUUCAUUCCACUAGUCAUUUUGCCCAUGUACUUGACCUUGGGACCCUGGUCUUUUGAUUACCUAUUGGAUGGAAGUAGAGGAGUCGCCUUUGCAUGGGGAACUUUUGUCGAAGAAACGUUUCUUCCUGCCGCAUUCAGUUAUGUGUUUGACGGCUGUGUGCAGAUUUUCUGGUUCCACAUUCCUUUCGUGUGCAUCCUCUCCGUUUGUGUGGACAAACGGUUUAGACUUCUUUGUUGGAAAGAACCCAACUUAUCACCAUUCUGGAACAAUGUGCCUCUUAUUAUUCUAGUUGUUGGUCAAGUACUCAUUGCUUCUGCUGUUGCGACCUGCACGGGACAACACAUACUAUUUCUGGGAUAUUUACAAAAAUAUUCCCUAGUCUAUGGGGCGCUAUUAUGGUUCUUUUCUGCUAGAUUGCAACGAAUCCAUUUUCGCGAUGCGGAAGCUGUGUGGAUUUCUCCUUGCAGGGGAAGAUUUAUUCCACAAGAUCAACUUUUUCCCUCUUAUUCACAAGAAACUAAUGACCAUGAAUCAUAAUUUCAAUUAAUGUGUAAUGUAAACGUACAAAUUACAAUGUAAACUGACUGACAGUGUGAUAAUAUCAUUUUUAUGGGAAGACGAUGUAAAAAAUGACAUCAAGAAUUACUGUGUGAAUAUUUUAUUGAUAAUUGGCUAUAAUUUUAUACCGGUUAAUAUGUAUAGCAGAUUGCAACGUUUUAAUAACUCCAUUAGUUGAUAGUUGAUAGUGAUAGUAUUACAUUUUACAAUGGUUUGGUUAAAAUAAAACACAAAUUUAUCACGAGCAAUACCAA